AUGAGGCAACUGAGGAUGGCGGCCGACAGCGGGCCCUUGGCCGUGUCCCAUGCCUUCUACUGUUCUAGACGGCGUCUCCGCUGCCGAUAUGACGAGCAGCCACGGGAACAGGCUGCCACUUCAAAGCAAAAGGCAGCAAGUCGUAGCCCGGCUGCGUCGCAGUUCACUCUUCCGAUCUCGCCGGUCUCCAUCUCGCCAGAGCCAUCGUCACUGGAUUCAAGAGUGUAUUCGCAUGUGCAAGCUCUGAUCCGCUCGACAGGCCAGUAUGUGGACGACGUCUCAGUACGCUACUUCUCUGGGCUUCAACGCCACCGGCCCCUCAUAUCGAGAAGGCGAUUUCACGAUGGCCUGAUCACUCUGGGCGCGGUUCCUUCUGUCGACUUUUCUGUUCUUCUGUUGAGCAUGUGCUUGAUCACUUCCACUCACAAACUGCAACAAAGAGGCGGGAAUAGGCACGCGAGACAGAUGCUCGAUACUCGGCCGCUCUAUCUAAAUGCCAAGUCGCUUCUUGCGACGGCACAAGGCCUCGACGCCGUAUCGGUCCCACUUGUACAGGCGGGUGUUCUACUGGCCGUGUAUGAAUACGUGAACGGUAAGCCGGACGAGGCAUUCGCGUCUAUUGCGGCCGUUGCCCGUAUUGCCUGUGCGGCUCGUCUCCAUCUUCGCUUGCGCCAUGGCCUCACCCUCCCACCCCUUCAGACACAUGAACUUGACUCGAAAGCAGUGGGAGAGUCUUCUUUGUUGCAGCGUGUAGAGGAAUCCAACGUUUGGUGGAACAUCAUUGUGUGCGAACGGGCGUUUUCGUGCGACGUAACUAUCCCGGAGCAGCCUCUGAUAACCUCUGUGCCUGACGAAGACUCCCGCCUGCCACUGGAGUGGAGUCUGAUGGGUUCGGACGAUCUUCCUACAGAAGUCGACCGGGUGACGACAUUGUCCGAUCUGGCGUCGACCAGUGUGGGAGGGUUUGCCAGGACGGCACAAGUCGUCUGGUUUAUCACUCGGAUUUCUGAUGCAUUCAAGAUUGCGAAUCUCAAUCUCCGGCUGUCCCAACUCCAGGCAUUGGAUGAUAGGCUGCAGCAGUUUCUUCGAGUGCUGAUACAACAAUCCAGUGCCCGUGUUGGAUUCUAUUGCGAGCCCGUAGCCCUGGCCAUCCGAGCGCUUUUCAUCCUGCACCAACACAUCCUCGAGCUUCCAUUCAAGGCUACAAACACCAAGCAGAGGUCGCUUGAGGAGUGGCGUGAGUACUCUCGAGCAGCCCUGGACACGGCAACGGGGAUGGUGCUGGACAUUGUCGACUGCCAUAACAAGGACAUUCUUUGCGUGAGCCUGUCGCCUAGUUACUCGUGGCUCGUGCGAGUCGCCUUGCGUCAUGUAGUCGGGAAAGACUUCAUUGCGACCGAUUCUCGCUUUGGAGGUGCCGAGGAGCAGUUCCGGAGAUCGCUAGAAUGGUUCCUCGAUGCUGAAGCACCGGCCGAGGAGCGAAAACCCGGUCCAAGGGGGCCGGAGCUGACAAUGCCUCUGCUUACGCCCUUUUCAGGGUGA